GGAUGACCCUGCCCUUUUGCAUUGGCGGUUGGUGCUGGUGUGUGUGGAUGGGGAUAGGUCAUCCGUAUGGACGGCGAUCGAUUGCCUCGAAGGGUUCGCGAAAAGGGACACUUACCUCCCCCGCCACAGUGGCGGAGGAGACUUAGGCGUCGAUGAGCUGCGCACCUUGAUGUCCCAGGCGGAAACCAUGGCGGAGCGCAUUCAUCAGGCCGGCUUGCGACGGAGAGUGACGGGCAAGUUAGGCCAGGAUGGCAGGAUACAUGCAGCCGGCCCGGUUGCUAGUAUCGGUGAGCCGGCGAAGCAGGGUCCCUCUGAUGCAGACAGCACGUGGAUUGUCGUGUAUGACAGUCGGGGCUCGGAUGUGGGAGAAGAGAGACAACCCGCAAGUGACAAUGGGAGUGAAGUGGUCCUGAAGGGCGAGAGGUACUUCAUCUGGCAUGAGGAUGGCCGGGUCUUUUUGGCAAAGAGGGUCCGGAAGGAACGUCUUUCAAUGCUGGGCGACAUGGCCAAGCAAGGCGUGACCGCCGCGGGCGCGGGGGAGCGCGAUGUGCGCACCCUCCCGGUUAUGUUCGACAUCGCGGAGGAGAGAUGGAGGACUAUCGCUGAGUCGCUGCCCGAGCUGGAGGAAGUCGAUUUUGCAGAUUGGCCACUUCAGGGACCCCGGACUAUGUUCCGUGAUUUGAGGCAGCUGCGGAGGCUUGGCACAGAUUUUGUGCAGCAUCACGAAGGCUGGGUCCGAAAGAGUGGAGUGCGAUCCAAUGACCGGUCCGUCCAUGAGCAUCUUGCCAUUUGCAGGGCACUCAACUUCCUGGUUAGCUACGAUCAACUCAAUGUGGCUAACAUCGCAGGAGCGGAGGCCCUCAAUCGGCGGCGUACCCUCAUAGAGAUAGCACAUCAAGGACGACCCGAAGCUCCAUCCUAUGCUGGAGCUGAAGAAGUGUUGGGUCUCCGCGACAGCACAGAUGGGUCAGUGGUAGACCCAGCCAUCACAGCCUACGCUGCUAAGAGACAGGCGGCAAAGGCUGAGAUACAGAAGCAACGCCGGUUGGCCGCUGAAGAGCAGAGGGCCGCCAAUGCAACAGAUGACAAGGAGCCGCGGAGAUGCUUUGGGGACGUGUUUCCACUGCCCAUUCCUGCUGAAAAGGGUUACUCUGGACCGGUCGACGCAAUUUCGGCUUUGAACGUCCUUGCAGGAUUUGAUGAUCGACCACCCGAGAGUCAGAGUGGCCAGGCAGCGCUCAGGCAGCUGCUGGCAAAACGGGCCGGCUAUUCUGUGGGCCCAGGUGCUUUAGCCAGCUACGUGAGGGAGCGAGUGUCGCUCCCGAGGGGUCAGGGGGAGCCGGUUCAGAUCGCGGACCUUCUUCCCCCUGAAGAAAGAUACAGACUGGAGAACUUCCAGAAUGAGAUGUUAUUGAGCAGCGAGGAGGCGGCUGGUGUGAUUGUCAGCUCUACCUACCAGGCGUACCAGUCGCCACCGAUCGACGGCCUCCGCCAGUAUUAUCUUCUACGCAGGCACUCGUAUGUCUUCGUGGCACAGUGCUACACCAAGGGGACGCGACUCUGGGUUAGUGUGGCACGCGAGAUGUUUUUAUUCCGGAGCCUGAUGGUUUUGGGAGAAGCAAACGUGAUGGCGCAUUGGUCACCCGACAUGUUCUGCACUGAUGCCAGCCUUUCGGGGUACGCUGUUAUGAGUCGUCGCCUUUCGCAGGAGAUGCCUUUGUCCGUACGGGGCUUUGAUGAGAGAUGGCGUUUCAAGAGGGCCAGUGGCUCGCGCGUGGCCCCGAGGACUGCGGCUCUGGAGGGUUUGGAUGUGUUUGAGGAUGUUGAGACAGUCCUUCCAAGUGUUAGUGGAGAGGUACAAGGGGUCGACGAAUUGGGGAAGGGGUUCCCGGAAGUCGCGAGCGGAUUGAUGGAGCAGUCACAGUGGCACUGCCUGUGGGCCGACCGGCGAUAUCACAACACCAGAGUAGCUGUUUUCAAUGACAACAUGGGUGUCGUUUUGGCAGUCUCGAAAGGCCGAUGCUCUAGCUAUGGACUGCUUCGAUUGUUGAGGCGACUCAGCGCCCACAUACUGGCCACUGGCAUUCGCCUUCAUCUUAGGUGGGUGCCUUCGGAGCUCAACACCGCCGAUGCCGACAGCCGACGGUGGGAACCAGGUCGGAAUGGGAGGGCGUGCCAAAGCACCAGCCAAGAGGCGUGUCGAGGUUUUCGGAAAGAGCGAGGUGAUCAGGGCGAACGCCCUAUGCAGGCACCCAGAGGAGCAGGUGGAGAUACCCACACGUCGAAGGAAGCUGAAAUCUCCAUCAUUGAGCCCCGGAAGGACACAUCGCGUGGAGCAGAGGGGCAAACUCCGAAGGGUGGUAGAGAUGCACAAGAAGAAGCGAGAGAAAGCCAUGCGCAGGAAGAGGAAGUAUAUCAAGAGGAUGAGAGCGACCCGAGGGGAGAAAUCCAUCCUGGAACUGAACAGUGUCAAGGAGCCACAGAGCGAGGCGGCUGGAAAAGUUCUAUGCGUUCGCGGACCACUUCGAGCUCGACAUCACGAGCGAAAAGGGUCUCGACGAAGUCCUGUGCGAGUACGCGGAUGCGCUUUUCCUAG